UUGGAAUCGCUUGAUUUGGAGAGCAAUUUUAUAGCAUCGCUCGAAGAUGGAACUUUAGCAGCGCUUCGUGAUACAUUAACAAAGCUCAGUUUUGGAGGGCAUAAUUUCGUCAAUGGCAGUGUUUUCGAGCAAAUUUCACAGCUUUCAGAACUACGGAUGUUGAACAAUGAUUAUCAGGUUCUGGAUAUGGAGCAAGCGGAUGGUAUCACGAGCAUACCAACCGGAGUAUUUCAAAAAUUGAAUAAACUAGAAAAACUGCUGUUACCAGGAUGCAGCCUUACAGUGAUCCACAACGAUACAUUCCAAGGUCUCACCAGUCUUAAAGAGCUUGAUUUACGAAUCAACCUGAUAAACGAAGUGGAAUGUGGGAGCUUUGCGUCGACGCCAAAUCUGCGACGUUUAUCGCUGGCCGGGAAUUUUUUGAAUGAAAGCUUGUCUUGUUGGUGGGAUGGGUUGGAACAUCUGAAGGAGCUCGAUCUUGGCUGGAAUGAGCUUGUAACUCUUCCCAACGAAGUGUUCGCUGCGCUUGGCCCGACACUGGGGAUCCUGGAUCUCCGUCACAAUACUCAAUUGAGUGAGAUUGAGGAUGAUGCUUUCAGCGGACUCAGUAAUCUUCGCCGUCUGAAUAUGAGUGAAACAAGCAUCACCGAACUGAACAAUACACUCAGGCACCUUCCCUCCCUGCAGGAGCUCGACUUGAGUAAUGGAAAAUUAUCGCAAAUUGAAGAAAAUGAUUUGCAAACGGAGAAUUUGGAAAGUCUGAUUUUACGUGGUAAUCAGUUGAAAACAAUACCACAAAAUCUGGUGCAAGGGAUGAAACGCUUGCAAAAGCUAGAUCUAUCCAGUAAUCCAUGGAUUUGUGACGAAAACACUGAAAAAAUAGUGGAGGAGAUCGAGUUGAAGUAUCAAGAAGCAACCGUAACGGAUGGAUACAACUUCAUGCUGUUGAAUGCUAAUGAAACGAUAUGUGAUCAGCCUCGUCGCUUGCGUGGACAAAUGAUUACAAAUAUGAUCACCGAUUUGUUCACAAGCUACAACAAUUCCACCGAUGAAACCGAAAUUCUGUUGUCUAUGCUAACAACAACACCCGAUAAUGCUAUCAGUUUUGAGGACAUUAAUGCUAGCGCCAUCACUGAACUGCUGGCGAAGGGUGGCCUAAUUGGUGAUGAAAGUAAGAAGGAUGAGCAUAGUCAAGAUCCAGUCACGCCUGCUCGUCCACUGUAUGAUGUAAAUAUGAAAACUGAAUUAGUCAACGAUACCGAGCACAGUAAUCCUAUCUCAACAAUAGUGGCUAUUGGGCUGCUUCUGCUUGUUUCCUUAGCUAUUAUGGCAGCUGUCAUUUUACAUAUCAAAGUAGGUCUUUCUUUUUCCGUAUAUGAUUCAAAAAAAGGCUAA